UAGUUUCGGUUUUUAUGACCCAAAUUCAUUCAUAACACACUACAAGAGCACUCUGAGCCCUUGUAGUGGCUCAUAUGGAAUGGAUUUUUCUGUUCCUGAAUACAUUAGAAAUUAGAAACAGGUUAUAGAAUAAUUUCACAUGCUACUGAACAUGUUGGAAUUACAUAUGGAAUGCGUAAGUGCUUCGGCGGGGAACGUUGCAGGGAUUCUGUGGUGUGCAACAGAAUGAGGAAUCCUUAAAGUAACCAGGGGAGGAUUUUGAAACAGACCUUGGUCCCAGAAACUAUUUUAAAUCUAAUAUGAUUUCAUUUGACUGAGCCUCAGCAGGAUUUGGACCAAAGACAAUUUCAUUGGUUCCAUUGUGCCAGGAAAGCUCCAUCAAGUGCAGCUAAAACACUUUAUAGAGAACAAACAAUAGGCUACUUACAUCCAGACCUGGUGUUUUUGGCAGUGUGAAGCCACAGCCUAAGAGCACAUUAGUUACAUUGUCAUUUUUUAAGUAUAACAGCUGCUUAACAAGAGUCUAGUGUCCUACUACAGCUUAGGUAGCCAAUGAAGUGAAUGGUGAUCCUUUUAAUGUGUCCCAAACACCUUACAGCUACAGUAGGUCAUUAAACACGUGUUCUAAAACCAUGUCCCACCACAUCAUCAUACAGUUCUCAAGCUGGUGUUUGAGACUAUGGAAACUUGAACUAGGCUUUCUUUCAGAUUUGUUUUCAAGCAAAAAUGUGCACAGGCAUUGUAUACGACAAGCAAUUAGACAAUGUCUGCCGUCAUCCUUUUAAAAGGUACGGUAAGCACAACUUUGAAUGCCAUGGCACAUUUUAGGUGGCCUUGUUUUCUUUUGGAAAUGAUUAAUAUGCACUUGCACACAGUGGAAAUGGGGUCUUCCACUGCAUUUUUCUUCCUCAAUUUGGCCAGUUUCUCGAAAGGUCUUAUGACAUUUUUUCUAGCCAUCUUGCAAGAUAUCAGUUUCCUUUUGGACAAGACAAAAUGUUUUUGUUACUUUUCAUUGUGUUAAUGAUUAUUUAAGUUUACUUCAAUGUUAUAUAGCCCUGACUAAGAACUUUUAACAAUUUUCUCAGGUAGACUAAGACUUUCUCAUAGUACUGUGUCUAGUAGAUAUAUAUACUAUACACUACUGUUGACAAGGCUAGAAAUAAUGAAAUAAUAAUUAUUGUCCUUCAAACUUUGCUGCAAAUGGAAUCAUCCACUUGCAGCAAUUAUAGCCUUGCAGAAAUUGGGCAUUCUAGUUGUCAAUUUGUUUAUGUAAUAUUUCACACCAUGUUUCAUGAAGCAACUCCCAUAAGUUGGAUUGGCUUGCUGUAUUAUACGGUCAAGCUGCUUCUUCAAAAUUCCUUUUACCCUGUACAAAUCACCCACUUUACAACCACCAAAUCACCCCCAGACCAUCACAUUGCCUCCACCAUGCAUGACAGAUGGCAUCAAGCACUCCUCUAGCAUCUUCUCAUUUGUUCAGCAUCUCACAGAUUUUUUUGCUUGUGAUCCGAACACCUCAAACUUACAUUCAUCUGUCCAUAACACAAUCUUCCUCUGCCCAGUAUCUGUGUUCUUUUGCCCAUCUUAAGCUUUUCCUUUUAUUGGCCAGUCUGAGACCACUGCCUGGAAGGCCACCAUCCCGGAGUCACCUCUUCCCUGUUGACGUUGAUGCUGAGUACUGUUUAAUUACGCUGUCAGUUGAGGACCUGUGAGGCGCCUGUUCUUAAACUAGAUAUAAUGUGUUUGUCCUUUUGUUCAGUUGUGCACCAGGGCAACUAUUCUGAUUAGAGCUAGUUAAGGGAGUAGUACACAGCGUUUUACGAGAUCUUCAGUUUCUUUUCAAUAGCCUUAAUUUUAGAAUAGACUGACAGGUUUCAGAAGAAAGUUCUUUGCUUCUGGCCAUUUUGAGCCUGCAAUCAAACCCACAAUUGCUGAUGCUCCAGAUACUGAAGGUCAGUUGUAUAGCUUCUUGAAUCAGCACAACAGUUUUCAGUUGUACUAAAAUCAAUGCAAAAGCAUUUUAUAGUGAUCAGUUUUCCUUUUAAAAUGAUAAAAUUGGAUUAGAAAACACAACAUGCCUUUGGAACACAGGACUGAUGGUUGCUGACAAUGUAACUAUUCCAUUACAAUGGUCAUUUACAACAUAAACAAUGUUUACACUGUAAUUAAUUUGAUGUUAUUUAAAAGGACAAUGUGGUUUCUUUCAAUAACAAGAACAUUUCUGAAUGACCCCAAACAUUUGAAUGGUAGUGUAUAUUUUGUUUUCAAACACACAAAUGUACAUAGAAGUCUCUGUUAGGGCUUAGCCAGGAUUCUCAGUGUAGCUUUCUGUGAGAUGAAUACACUAUCUUUUGCUCAGUAGACCAUUAAUGCACCUUUUCUUCCCUAACACACAGCUCCCGUAGUUUUCCAGCCAUUGACUCUGUGGAGUGAGGUGAAUGGGCACCAGAUCACCAUUAAGUGCAUUGUCCAAAACAAGACGGCAAGGGCUGAAUCAAACCACUGUCAUUGAAAUGAAUCAAACAACGUCUCCGGGAAUACUUAUACUCUUCCAUUGAAGCUUUGUUUUUAACAGUGCAACAGUAUCCGUCUCUAGAGUCUGUCGAUGGUUUUCCUUUCCCCAGUUUGCUUGUUGAUGUUCUGAUCAGGCAUUGUUCCAGGUGACAUCUGAGGCUGAAGUGAUGAAAUGGCUUACGUUAUUGUGACGCUGUGGGUCUGGACUGGCUUUAAUGACAGGUCCAAUCAGCAGUAUCCUGGUAAAUAGGUUUGGGAGUCGUUUGGUCAUGAUGUGUGGAGGACUCCUGUCAGGCUCAGGACUUAUCGCUGCCUCUUUCUGCAACUCAGUGGAAGGGCUAUACUUUUGUGUGGGAGUUGUGGGAGGUUUGGGAUUGGCAUUCAAUCUGAACCCAGCCCUUACAAUGAUUGGGAAGUACUUCUAUCAUAAGCGUCCCAUUGCUAAUGGAAUCGCUAUGGCAGGCAGCCCAGUGUUCCUGUCCACCUUGGCCCCUCUCAACAGCUGGUUCUUCGACCAGUUUGGCUGGAGAGGUAGCUUUCUGAUCCUUGGAGGCCUUCUUUUCAACUGCUGUGUGGCCGGCUCUCUCAUGAGACCCAUCGGACCAAAACUACAGCGUGCCUUGAAAAGCGAAGUCACUGCUGAAGAGAGUAUGACUUGUGCGCAGAAGAUGAACAGCUUCAUCGAUCUCUCGCUAUUCAAACACAGGGGAUUUGUGCUGUACCUCACGGGCAACGUCAUCAUGUUCUUCGGCCUCUUCUCCCCACUGGUGUUUCUCAGUAAUUUUGCCAAGAGCAGGGACAUCCCUAAGGAGAAGGCAGCCUUUUUGUUGUCCAUUCUGGCUUUUGUGGACAUGGUCGCUAGGCCCUCCAUGGGCAUUGUGGCCAACACCAAGUGGAUACGGCCCAGGGUGCAGUACUUCUUUGCCCUAUCUGUGCUUUACAACGGGGUGUGCCAUGUCCUAGCUCCCAUCUCUGUGGACUACACAGGCUUCGUCGUCUACGCCAUCUUCUUUGGCUUUGCUUUUGGCUGGCUGAGCGCAGUGCUGUUUGAGACCCUCUCAGACCUGGUUGGAACCCAGCGCUUCUCCAGUGCAGUAGGACUGGUCACCAUCGUUGAGUGCGGUCCAGUCUUAUUAGGACCACCUUUGCUAGGGAAAUUUAAAGAUAUAUACAAUGACUACCAAUACACCUACCAGAGCUGUGGGGUGAUAUUGAUCAUUGCCAGCGUGUUCCUGUUUGUGGCAAUGGGUAUCAACUACCGGUUGUUGGACAGAGAGAAAAAGGAGGAGGAGAGGACAGCUAAACUGGAGGGAAAAGAAGAGGUGUCCAACAAGGACAAUGCUGACAAAGAGGCCUGCUCUCACCCCAACGAUGGGGUGAGAGCAGUUGACGAUACAAAAACUGCCGAAGAUACAGUCUAACCUUUGUCAACAUUGAAUUUGCACAUUAAAAGUCCUAGUCAGAUAGCAUUGUUUAAUGAAAAUAUUAAGAAAAAUGUUUUCUCAGCCCUUUUUUCCACUUCAGUUAUAAAUGUAUUAUUAGCAUAAUUUAACUGGAGCAAGAUACACUUAUGAAAACAUGCAAUCUCUACCGAAAUGUGUAACCACCAUGCACCAAUAUCCUGUACAGCUGCCUUUACACAGACAGGACAAUUUUCAUUCCUUUUCCCACUAAUUGGUCUUUUGACCAGUCAGUUUUGCUUUUUUGAGAAUGAUUGGGAAAAUAUCAGAAUUGGACUUUCAGUGUACACAACAAGACAUUCAAUGUUCUCCUUGUGAAAUGUUGUGAUAUUUUAGAUUAUUAUAUGAAGUUAAUGUCUAUGUUUAUACUUUAAUUAGAGUAUCAGAAUUGCACUUCAAGUGUCUAAAGUAUUUUUCUGUAAAAACACUUAAUGGCUUUAGUUCUUUUAGGUUUCUCUAUAUCCUGUAACAUUUUGUUCACACUGUGAACUUAUUUUUUUAAAGCAUGUCUCCAGUAUCUGAUGUUAAUGUUCACUCUGAUCUAGCUGCAGGAAUUUGCUUGUAGUUGCACUGCAAAAUGACUCCGUAUCACUGUUAUGUAUUGAUUUCAUUUGAAAGUAUUUAUUAAAAUAAUUCUGGUAACAAA